GUAGAGGACUCUGCCCAGGUUUAAGGGGACAAGGAUCAGCGAAUGGAUAUAUCUGACCCCUUUCCUUCGAAGAUUUCUUCUGAUCAUCCUCCUGUGUCGGAACAGCCCUCGUCAGAGAUUGAUUAUGGGCCAUGGCUUCUUCUUUCUCACCGGCGAGCAGGGCUCGAGGCCGUGGAGGUGCAUCUUGUGCUUCUCACGUGCCCUCAAGACCAGCUGCUAAAUUGAGUACUGUUGCCAAUGACUCCUGCCACCUCGUUUCCUAUAACCCACAUGGCGGUAGAAGCUUGGCAGGUAGAGGCUGGUCCCUUGGCUCUCAUGCCAUUUACCGCCCCCUAUCUCUGACAUUCCAGACGCUUCCCCACUAACUCUUGUCCAGUCAAACCUAUCAUUGAUGCAUCCCUCGUGAUUAGCCUCCUCAACACAGGAAUAGUUCCCAUGAUGUGAUCCCUUCAACAGGCACUGAACUAGCCCGCAAUAUCAGCUGUCUGACCCUUCUAAUCACCUUUCUCUCGGAUCCUUCUCCCUUUGCAGGCACUAGUGAUAUGUCUCAUAUUACUUUAGUAGACAAAGUCUCCUCAGCCUUAAAACCUGGUAACAUUGAAGAAGACAAUUCCGAGGAUGAGGAUCUUCCAGGCGACGAUGAUGAAGAGAUGCCCGAAGAUGAGGGUCCGGAUGAUGCCAUAACCCUUAUUCAAUAUCAAGAUGAGGCAAGAUGGGAAUCCCUAAUCAGGAAAAAUCCUCAGUCUUCUGAGGUGUCACCGAAGAAGGGGAGAGUUGAGGUGGAAAGCGCCUACUCUUAAUCUUUCCUUUAUUCAUUCUCAGUUUACUUUUCUCCUUUUUUGGAUGUUCAAGCUCCGUUUUAGCAUCUAUAUUAUUAUAAUGAAUACCACUAAAAUUUUAUGCCAGAAUUGCAAGAUAAUCUCUACUAGGGACACCUAUUCUAGGGUUCUCAGAUUUAUCAAAGUCAUCAAACCGCUCCUUGUUUGUCUUGCGGAGACUCGGGCCAAUUCAGAACAAGUUGAUCACUUCUGUAGCAGAAUCCCUAGGAAUUGGCAGUGGGCUGCGAUUUUAUCCGAUGGAAUCUCGGGUGGAAUUAUCAUCAUUUGGAAUCCAAUUAUUGGUCAGGUUACCCCUGUAGCUUCUUCUCAUCGUGCUUUGCAUAUAGUUGUCACCACCCAGGCUUCUUUGAGUUCUAUCAUUUUGGUGGUCUAUAAUUCUCUUAAGUAUCGAGGCCAAUGCUUUCUCUGGCACGAAUUAUCUAGAAUUAACGGUCUUGGUUUUCCCUGGUUAGCUUUGGGCAAUUUUAAUUCAGUCCUCUCUUGUACCGAGCAUAAAGGUGGGUCGUUCUCCUAUUAUGCUCGCAAAUCGAGAUUUUUCUUUAAUUUUGUCAACAUUAACAAUCUCCUGGACUUAAAAUUUUCCGAUUCCCCUUAUACCUGGUGUAACAAUUAGCUUGGCUCAGCUCGUCGUUGGGCCAGGCUUGAUCGUUGUCUGGUAAACAUUAAGUGGAACAAAACUUUUAAGUCCUAUAAACUUAAACACCUUUCUCGUUCUUUCUUAGAUCACUCCCCUUUACUUCUUUCAAUUAGUUUGAAUUGCAAUUUUCAUAAAAAAAAUUUUCGGUUUGAAAAUUUUUGGAUCGAGUUUUUGGGUUGUCAUAAUGCUAUCAAGGAGGCCUGGCAUUUUACCCCUCAUGGUAACCCUAUGCAUGCAUUUAUUCACCUGUUGUCCCGUACUCACUCUAAUUUAAAGGUUUGGUGUUCUUCUGGUUUAACUAAUUUGGAUUCAACUAUUGCCCAUUCUGAAGACAUUAUUAAUUCUCUUGAAAAUACUGAUAUGGAUACCAAUUCUUAUAAUAUUUUGAAUGAUCACUAUGCUAAACACUCUGCUCUUCAACGACAGCAUAACAUUAAAUGGGCUCAACGGGUUCGUCUUCGGUAGGUUAAUGAAGAUCUCAGUGGCAAUACUUUUUGCGAACCAUCUGAAAUUGAUCAAGCUUUCCUCAACUAUUAUAAACAUCUUUGGAACGCUCCUCAAAUUGCUGAUUUGAACAUUGUAGAAGCUUUGCCUCCUGAUCUCCCCCAACUCUCUAAAUUGGAUAAUCUCUCCCUCAUUCAGGAAGUCACUAUUGAGGAGGUAUACCUGACUCUGCUUGAUCUCCCUACAGGUAAGUCCCCUGGCCCAAAAGGCUUUAAUGUGGAAUUUUAUCAGAGUUUUUGGCAUGUUAUUGGUGAUAGCCUUUAUGUUGCCAUUCAAUUCUUUUUUAAUUCUUCGACUCGACCUUCUUCAUGGGGUAAAACUUAUAUCACUCUUAUUCCUAAAAAAGAGAAUCCCAAACUGGUUUUGGAUUUUAGACCAAUAUCUCUCUGCAAUGUCUGCUUUAAGAUUAUCUCUAAAAUUCUUGCUAAUCUUUUAAAAAAGGUUAUCUCCAAAAUUAUUGGUGUUGAGCAAGUUGGAUUUGUGAAUGGCCAUUGUUCUUGUGAUAAUAUUAUUGGAGUGCAAUUCUUGCUAUUCUUGCUAUUCUCUGUAAAAUGAAUUUUCAUCAGAUUUGGAUUUCUUGGAUUCUCCUUGGUUCUUUUCCUCUCGGGAGUUAGUCAAGGUGGCCUAUUUCAUCUUACCUGUUUAUCCUAGUCUCCCAAACCCUCACCUCCUUGCUUAAUUUUAGCAUGUAGAAAAAUCUUAUUCCUGGUUUUAAGUCUGGUUUGCGUUACAAUUUUAAUCAUUUGAUGUAUAUCGAUGGCUUAAUUUUAAUCACUCAGGCCUCUCGUCGAGUGGCUAGAAAUAUCAAUCUCUGUAUGUCUAUCUAUACCGAUUUAACUAGACAGAGACCUAAUUUUGCCAAAUCCCAAAUUUUCUUUCCUUCUUGGAUUAACAAGCAUAUUGCUAAAAGUAUUUGUUCCAUUCUAAAACUCAAUUAAGCUUCCUUUCCUUUCAAAUAUCUUGGGGUACUUAUUUCUCCUAAACAUAUUGAUGCCCAAUCUUUUCAACAUAUGCUUGAAAAGAUUAAAUGCCUUACUUCCAGAUGGGACGCUUUUCAUCUCUCCCAUGCUGUUAAAGAGAUUUUAAUAAAUGCAACUCUGCUCUCUAUCCCAUUUAUACUUUAUCAGUUUACCCUAUUCCAGAGUCCAUCCUUUCCGGGAUUUCCAAAGUCAUUAGAAAAUUUUUUUGGAGCAGGAAUAGCAAUGGAACGGGCAUCCACAAUGUGAAUUGGAGCACAGUCACUACAGGUAAGGCUGAGGAGGGCUUAGGUAUUCGCAAUCUUUCCCUUGCCAAGCACUCUCUAAUGGCCAAACACAUUUUCAAAUUUCUUAACAAUGAGAAUCUCAUUUGGGUCGAUAUUUUAAGGGACAAAUAGGGGAAUAUUAAUUUUUGGCAUGAUCGUCCUCCUGCUAAAUGUUCUUGGCUUUUUCGGGGUCUUUGCCAUUCUGCCAUUUUCAUUAAAAAUCAAUGCAAAUUAUAUAGUGUGAAUUGGGAUAAAACUUCAUUUCUUUAGGACCCUUGGUGUUUUGAUAUUCCUAUUGCUAUGAAACCUACUUAAAUUGAUAUGAGCAUUGAUUUCAAUCAUAUUUCUCUCAAGGAUCAGAUCCUGGAUAAUCAAUGGGAUAACUUUAGUAUCAAUAACAUUUUUGGUGGCGUGAUUGAUAUUGCUAAUGUUUCCCUGGCUAAGGUUGAUUUUGAUUCUGGUAAUCAUUGGGUCUGGCAACCCAAGACUAAUUGUCACAAAAUCUCUUCAGCCGUUUAUCACUUCUUCAACAAUGAAUCAUCCUAUGCUGAUAGAUGGAAUGGUUGGAACGUGUUGUGGCAUAUUCCAGUGGCUCCCCGUGUUAAAUAUUUUAUUUGGCUAUGUCUUCAUGGCCAUCUCACCACAGCCGUAUUGCUUCACCAAUUGAACCUAGGUCCUGAUUCUGUCUGUAUAUUUUGUGGUAUGCAAAGGGAGACUGUUGAUCAUCUAUUUGGUGGUUGUGCUAACACUCAACAGGCUAUUGCUCGUGUCAAAGAAUUUUCCAGCAACCCAAGCGAUCCCAUUGGUAAAAAGUUAAUUUUGCUUAACUUUUGUCCUGCAAACGGGCACUUCAUCUUCACUCAUGCCAUCUCCAACAUCAGCACCCAGGAAGUUGCUUUUCAGUCAGCUUUGGAUUCUUGGAUUCGAGUUCGUCACAUUUUUACUGACCACAUCAACAUCAAUGAGAUUCUUGAGAGCCCGAUUCAUUAUCUGAAUUGGCAAUUUCAUGACCAGAUCUCCAGCUUAAAUGUCUUGAUGGAUAUGCUUAAUCGGCCCAAGAUUCAUAAGGUCCCUUCUGCUUGGAUGAGUCCUGUUAUUAACAUAGCAUCUUUGAGUUUUCAACAUCUUCAUCUUAACUUAUUCCUCGUUGGAAGAGAUCUGCCUUACUGGAUCAUGCUAUCCUUCUACUCGAAUGGUUUUACAUUUUAAUAUUGUAUUAGAACUUUCUUUUUUCUAGUUCUAUUUUGUUUAGUUAGUCACAGCUUUAUUUUUAAUAA